GUCUAGAAAAAAGCAAAUACUUUUAAUUUCCCAAAGGAGGGAGCUUUCAAAUCUCCCUUUGUCUUCUCUCUCUCUCUCUCUCUCUCUCUCUUCCUCUGACUAUCUAACUUUGCAACGGCUAUCUCUGUCGUCAUUUCAAUUCAAUUCAAACUCUUUACUUAACCUCUCAUUCAGCUUCUAGCUCUCUCAACCUCUAGAUCCCUAAUCUCUUAUGCUCAAACCCUCAAUCCCAAACCUGUAUCAUCUUUCCUGAUCUGACCCACUUCACAAAAUCCCUAAUCUUCUCUCGUCCUUAUUGUGUUUGAGAAUCAAUCACAUUACAGAAGUAAAAGGCAAGAACUUUAGCAUCCUAAACAGCACAAAAAAACAAAUCUUUCUUGAUUACGGAGUGGGAUUGUGAGCGAGAGAGAUAAAGUUGAGAUCUUUGGUCGAUCUUCCACAAGGGUUUCUGAAAAAAACUACACUUAAUGGAUGGGAUCUAUAAGUAAAAGGUGAAGACUUUAGCAUCCUGAGUAACUGAGAGGUGAAAAUAAAAUGGACAUUGUCGAGAGGAAACGACCUAGAGGAGCGUUUCUAAAUCUGUUUGAUUGGCCUGGAAAAUCAAGGAAGAAGCUUUUCUCAUCUAAUAUCUCACAGAUCUCUGAAGAAUCAAAGCAAGCAAAAGAGAAUGUUCACAACCCCUCUCUUACAAGACAUUCUGUUUUUGAGGUUGAUCAGUCAGUAAAGAACUCAACUUUCAACCAGGGAAGCAACUCUAGCUGUUGUGCAUCCUCUGUAACUAGUGAUGAUGGCAAUGUGGCUAAAGCACCGAGUGUGGUAGCGAGGCUCAUGGGUUUGGAGUGUAUACCGCAACCAAACCUUAUGGAACCAAGGGUUAAUCCUAGUCUUGAUCCAUACUUCCUCAGAUCCUCACGUCAGGCAAACACUUGGGAAGCUAAUGCUGAGCAUCAGAGUGAAUUUGAUGGCGUUUCUUGGGAUCCUUUGGAUUCAAGAACCAGUAAAGGUCCGCAUAAGCGGAUGAUUGAGCGGUUUCAAACUGAAACUCUACCUCCAAGAUCUGCUAAACCGAUCUCUGUCACCCACAACAAGCUCUUGUCACCUAUAAGGAACCCUGGGUUUGUUCCAUCUAGGAACCCUGCUUAUGUUAUGGAAGCUGCUUCAAGAAUGAUAGAGUCAAGUCCAAGGAUGAUGGCAAGAACAAGGGUGGUUCCAUCGUCAGAUUCUUCUUCUCCAGUUCCAUUAAGGAUUCGAGAUUUGAAGGAGAAACUAGAAGCAGCACAGAAAGCUUCAACUUCAUGCACUCAAGUCUCUAAUGACAAUACUCGUAGCAGUAAGUACCUUAAGGGAGAUCAAAACCAGACUAAAACUACAUCUUUGGUGAAAAGCAGUUGUGAACUGAAACCGCCUUCUUUCUCUGCACAAGCAAAGAGUAGUAGUAAUCAGAGACACAACAGCUUAACAAGUGGAAACAAAAGGACAUCUUCAGGACAGAAGGAGAAAGCAGAAGCUAAGAACCGUCCAGUAAAAAGCCUCAAAGGAGGUUCCGUGAGCGCAGGGAAGAACGUGCUCAAGCAGAACUACCAGAAGCAAAACUGCAGAGACAAUCAGCAAAGUAGGAAACCAAUGAACAAAGUUGUAAACAAGGUUCUUUUGGACAGUGGAUCAACAUCGAAAAGCUCGGUUUCUACUAUGACAUCAGCAGAAAAACCUUUACACCGGAGAAAGAAUCUUCCUCGCAGCAAAAAGCCACGAAAUGGGGUGCAGGAACCAGGAAUCAACGAGGAUAAACGGAUCAAAAGGGGUGAGAAGUCGAUAAAAUGCAACAUUUCCACUGAUGGUGACUCUAAAACUGAUCAGAGAAGGGAAACGGAUGUGAUAUCUUUCACCUUCUCGUCUUCGAUCAAAGGCUUACCAUCUCGCUCACAAGGCACCAAGCAAGAUGCAGAGUCUGCUGUUAAAUAUAAUGUGAUAGGGGGUGACUCCUUAAAUGCGCUUCUGGAGCAAAAACUCAGGGAAUUGACCUUGAAGAUUGAAACAUCUAGCUCUAGCUUGAUCCAAGAAGAGUGUUCGAGUUCCAUUUCAGAUGGUAGAGCGAACAGGAUAACUUUAUCGCCAUCAAGACAAGGCCAAACGACUCAAAACAGUCUUGAUAAUGAGUUAACAGAGAGUGAAUCUGUGUCUGACUGUACUUCAUUCUUUAACAACCAGGAAUCUCAGAAGAAGAAGAUGAUACAGGGAGAAGAACAAGAAGUUAGUAGCUUCAAUACUCUUACGGAGGCCGAUGAUUUCGCACUCUCCAGCAACAAAAGUUUCUCAGAUUGCAGACAUGACAGAGAAUAUGGCAUGAAACAGAGCUCAUCAGAUCAAGAACUCACUUGGGUUUCAUCAAGCGAUUCAUACCAAACCUUAGAUGAAACAGACUCCACAGCAGCAAAACUCGAUUGGGAGCUUGAGUACAUAACUGAGAUCCUCAACUCUGGCCAGCUCAUGUUUCAAGACUACUUCGCCUCAGGGACAGCCACUAAUGAACUAUUACUACCCUCGAGCCUCUUCGAUGAAAUGGAACGCUCACGAGGUGCUGCAACGUCAACAAAGAUCGAAAGAAAGGUGCUUUUUGAUUGUGUGAAUCAGUGCUUAGCAGUGAAGUUUGAUAGGAUGUUAGUUGGAAGCUGCAAAGGAGGGAUGAUGAUGAUGUUGGAGAAUAGAGAUUUGCUGGCUGAAGAAGUGAACAGAGAAGUUAAAGGGUUGAAGAAGAUGAGAGAGAUGAUGAUAGACGAGCUUGUGGAUCAUGACAUGAGCUGUUUGGAAGGGAGAUGGGUCGGUUAUGAGAGAGAGAUGUUUGAGGAAGGCAUUGAUAUAGAAGGAGAGAUAGUUUCUAGUUUGGUUGAUGAUUUAGUUAGUGAUCUUUUGUCUAUUUGGCUUUCUUAAGCGGUCCUUGUAGGUUUGUGUGUAGAAGGGCUUCUCCUGUGUUUUGAAAUUGUCUGAAUGAACAUUCUUUUUGUUUUUAUUAGUUAACGGCUGAAGAAAAAGUGCAUCUAUCA